AUGGCUCUCAGCGCGGCGCUCGGCCGGGGCGACCGGGGCUCGGGCAACAAGGAGGGAGAAGCAGGUUGUUUCCAGCGGGCAUCUUUCCCGAGUCUCUGCGACCGGCCCCCACUAGGCCUCAGCCUCUGUCUCCUCAUCUCCAGCACACGCGAGGUAACCUGGCUGGUGCAUCAGAACUCUCUUUCCAAGGACAGGAGUGAGCCCCGUCACCAGGGUGGCAGGGGGCUGCCACGGCAGUUCCCAGAGCGCGGCGACAGCUGGACAGGGCUGCACAGGCAGCGCCCUCGGGCACGGCUGUGGGGUCUCAAGGAGCAGCCCCUUCCCCCCGACACUGGGCAGUUUUCAGAAGGCGAGCUGGAUCUGGAAUCCCUUGACACCUACGUACAGAACACACUCUCUGCCCUCUACCCACCUUUUGAGGCCACAGCAGCCACGGUGCUCUGGCAGCUGUUCAGCGUGGCCGAGAAGCUCUACGGUGGGGACGGGCUGCGCUGCCUCAUGGACUUCCUCAUCCCAGCCAAGAGGGCCCUGCAGCACCUGCAGCGGGAGGCCUCUGCCAGGUACGCAGGCCUCCUCUUCCUGCACGAAGGGUGGCCGCUCUGCAUCCACGAGAAGGUGGUGGUGCAGCUGGCGCCCCUGCGCGGAGUCAGGCUCAGGCCUGGGGACUUCUACCUGCAGAUCACUGUGGCGGCCGGGAGGCAGCCCGCCAGACUGGUCUUGAAACGCCUCUCCCGGCUUGGACAAGGCUCGGAGGAAGUCACCGUCCCUGAGACCAUGUACAGCUGUGUCUUCACGGGAGAGUUCCUGGAACUGGUGAACGGGGAGCAGAACAGUGUCCCCUUGCAAAACUGCUUGCUGACCUCGGGCUCGGCGGUCUACCGCACCCCCUGGAACAACGUCACAGACCCUGUCUUUGUCCCCACCACCGGAACCAACCUGCCCAGCUGCCCCAGCGGUCCCGGGCCUCAGCAGCCACCACCCGGCAGCGCCUCAGAGGCUCCAGCCCCGGCACCAACCGUGGCCAGCCCCGCUCCCCAGGGAGGCAUGCCUUCCAAGCACACCCCAACCCUGCCCCACUGCAGUAGGCAUCCCAGCAGUGACCAGCCCCGCCGUCUUCCUUCCCCGAGAAGGGCUGAGUGCGAAAGCCGCAGGACCCUGUCCGGGAGUCCCAGUGGAGGCCUCACGGGGGUUGGCCCCUCAGAGCAGGGCCCCUGGGAGUGUCCUGAGAGCCCUGAAGGACCAGGAGGGAGGCUGGACCCCAUGGACAAGGAGGACGGCUCCAAGGCCCUCGCCUUCCACGCAGAGGGGGGCAGCCCAAGCUCCAGGAGGCGGCCGCCCAGGGCCCCAGACAGUGUGGAGGCCAGACGCUGGUUCAGGAAGUCCUACAUGGAGGCCCUGCAGAACCCUAUGCCCCUGGGCUCCAGCUCUGAGGAAUCCAUCGGGGACGAGGCCUGUGGCUCCCAGACCCACGGCCGCAGGGCCAGGGGGGCUAGGGCAGCGGCCAGUCUUACCCAGAAAGAGAUCCCUGGCCCUGCGGGAGACCUCCAGGAGAUCCCGAGACAAGAGAGUGGUCCAGGAGCUGCAGGGAGGACCCUUCCCAGGAGGUCUCGGUCCUGGGAUAGGCCCCUCAGAAGCUCCCGAGGUGACACCCGGCGGGCCUCCCAGCACUUAGCCAGCACCAGGCCCGGGGGUCUCCUGGGAGGACAAGCUGUGGGGACCAGAACCACAGGCUCCAGCUGUCCAGGCACAGUGGAGAGUCCCAACUGCACAGGAGAGGAAGCUGACGUCUAUGCAGAGGGCAGCAGCUUCCAAGGAAGCAGCCCCACCCGGUGUUCAGACCUGCUUGCUGAGCCGCUGUGCCCCGAGGGUGAAGGGUGGACGCCUGGCACAGGAGACCUGCCCAGCCAGGCGCCCAGGCAGGAGCUGGAAAUCAACCAGGAGCUACUGCAGUCCGGGGCGGUCACCCUCCCAGGAACCCGAGACCGUCAGGGAAGAGCGGUGGUGCAGGUCUGUACAAGGGGCCCACUCUGGUCCAGCGAACACGUGUCCAGUGCCGAGCUAACCCGUCUGCUGAAGUACCUCCACACCAUCCCCAGGAAGGAGGUGCGGGAGCUGGGGCUGGUCAUCCUGGUGGACGCACGCAAGAGCCUGGCCACGCCCGCCCUCUCCCAGGCCCUGGCAGCCCUGCAGAACACAUCUACUCCCUUAAUUCAUAGUAUUUUGCUGCUGGUGGAUAAAGAAUCAGCAUUUAGGCCUGACAAGGAUGCAACAAUUCAGUGUGAGCUGGUGGGUUCCCUGAAGGCCCUGCACAAAUUUGUCGACAGCUCCCAGCUGACUGCAGACCUCGAGGGAUCCUUUCCCUACAGCCACAGUGCCUGGAUCUGCUUCCGUCGGAAGCUGGAGCCCUUCACCUCAGACUGCGAGGAAGCCAUUGUUUUCCUACAAAAUUCAGUCCACUCCCUGAACUCCCCCAGGACCCCAAGCACAGCACAGGAGGUCGCAGAGUUGAUCAGCAAGCACAGGGCGAUGAUGAAGCAUGUCCUGGAAGACGCGCGGCUGGUGGCCCUCCGGCUGGAAGGCAGCACCGUGCUGGCACGGCUGAGGAGGGAGGAGCACGGCGCCGGCCAAGACUACCAGGACACCAUCGAGGCUGCCUGCAGGCUGUACGACCAAGUGGACGAAGAGGUCCACAGGCUGGUCCUCGCCUCCAACAGGUGUCUGCAGGCACUGGAGGAGCUCCAGGAGCGAGGACACCAGUCAGGGCUCCAGGGGGGAGGUGACCAGCUCACGAGUGGGGUGGGGGCCACUGGAGGCCCCCUGCUGGGCCCACCUCCUAGGCGCGUCUGCUCCUCAGAGAUGCCGCCUCCGACCCCCGAGGGGAGGGCCUGGCUGCACGUCAGGGAGGAGAGAGCAGCCCGGGCCCUGCGGGGUGGACGGGGCGUGCACUGGGGCCCCUGCCUCUCCACAGCUCCCAGUCUCCCUCACCUCCUCCUCAGCUUCGCCACCUGCUCAGGACGCCCAGGGCCCCCAGUGUCCCUCCUUCCCAGCCUGUCUGUUGUCCCCAUCCUUCAUACCUUGAAAGGGCUGCGGCUGAUGGAAGAGGACUUGCAAGGCGCAGAGGAAGGGACCCAGGACUUCAGAAGGAGUCUGAGCACCAAGGCCGGCCUGGCUGAGCGGAGGGAGGGCGAGCUGGCCAGGCAGGCCCUCGGGUCCGAGUUCUGCGAGACGGUGAGCAGGCAGACGCUGCGGUACAGUCAGUACCUAGAGCACCUGGACCCAGAGCUGGUCACCAAGGAUCUGAAGCGCUGUCGCCGGGAGGCCGUGCAGAGCUUCCCCAGGGCGAGUGUGGUGGUGGUGGGCUCCGGCGGCCAGUGGGCGCUGCCACGGGGCCAAACCUUGUGGCUGCAGAGCCGGCCGACCCGACGCCACUGGCAAGAGGCCCUUGGAGAGGCAGCCCCGGGCCCCGGCACCCUGCCUCUGGGCUGGAGCCCCCUAAAGCACGAGCUUGCCCAGGGACCUGAGGGGCAGCCCCUUCAGCCUUCCUGGACCCCUCCCGCUGACCCCGAGGGCCGAGCUGGGGAGUGGGCCCGACUGCUGCCCAGCCUCACCGGACAAGCUGCUGUGUGUGGGCAGGAGGGACAGCAGCUGCACCUGCUCCCCGCCCACCCCAGGAAGCACCCCCUGAAGAAAAUUAGGAAGAAAGCACAAAGCUUCACGAUUCCUCAGCUUGACAGUGGCCCCAGCGACUCCCUCUGGCUGGGCCACACUGGGGUCUUUAUCAAAGGCCUGGAGGUGACCGGCACCACCGUGGCCUCAGAGAAGCAGCCCCUGCUGAGGCCACGUGCCGAGAGCCCUCGGCUCCCUCGGAACCGGAGUCUGUCCUCUCCCUCCAAGAUCCACCCCUCCGAGGAGGAUGGGAAGGGGCGAGCUGGAAGGGCGUGUAAGCUGGAGCGAUGCCGGCAGCGCCCCUGGGCCGUGGGCCACGUGUUCCUGAGAUAUGAGGAGCAGCUUGGCAAGCACCUGCUCUACAGCAAGAACAAGCGGGCGGACGCCCUGCUCUGCAUCCACGGCAACGCCUUCUUCAAGGACGAGCAGCGGGAGCUGGGCGACAAGACGUACCUGGCCUCCUACCUGCUGAAGCCCGUGCAGCGCGUGGGCAAGUACGCACUGCUGCUCCGGCCGGUCCAGGAGCAGGCGCUGGGCGAGCUGAGGGCCGCCAAGGACGUGGUGCGCUUCCAGCUGCGCCACGGCAACGACCUGCUGGCCCUGGACGCCGUCCGCGGCUGCGACGUGGAUCUGAAGGAACAGGGGCGGCUGAGAUGCCAGGACGAGUUCCUCGUUUGCUGCAGAGGGAAGAAGCACCUGAGGUGUGUGUUCCUGUUUGAAGGCCUCAUCCUGUUCAGCAAGACCCAGAAGGUGGACGGAGGCCACGAUGUGUACGCGUCAAGGAGUCCUUCAAGGUACCGCAUGGCACAGAUCGGGAUGAUGGUGAACGUCAGGGACAGUGGCUUGAGGUUUGAGAUCUGGUUCCGCAGGCGGCGGAAAUUCCAGGACACCUACGUUCUCCAGGCGAGCUUCGCGGAGAUCAAGACCGCCUGGACGGACGUGACAGGGAAGAUCCUGUGGCAGCGGGCUCUGCGGACCGAGCUCCCAGAUGCCCUCAGCCCCGUGGCGUCCGCUUUCUGCCCCGCCCUCCCGGCCGCUGCGCCGAUGGCCAGCCUGUGGUCUCCCCACAGGGUGGUCGCUCAUCCAGCUGGCUGCCACACACGCCAUCUCCAUCGCAACCCCUCCAAGCUGGCCGUCCUUCCGGCGGCUCUGACCAUCCCGUUAGAAUUCAGGACACAGGAGAUGGUGUCCACGGGGACAGGCAGCAAGCCGUUCAUGGACAUCAAGCCCAGCAACGCGGCCAUAAGCGACCGGGCCGUCAGUUACACCGGGAAGGGAACAGAGACACAGACCCGAGCGUCCAGAGCUGUGCCCUCCUGUGACCACACCGCCCCCCUCAAGAGACCGCACUCCACCCUCUCAGACAGCAGCACAUCCUCCUCCAGCAGCCGGUCCUCCUCCCCCGGGGGCCGCUGCCCCCGCACGCGCCCACAAGCCCCGCCUGCUCCCCCUGUCCAGGUGCCUCUGCGCGAAGUGCUGGGUGUGAGCUGCUCAGAACAGGCAGCGGCCAUGGGGAGCACGCACCGUCGCCUGCCCAGAGCAACCGCGCUCUCCUGGACACGUCCCUCAGGCUCCAGGACCGCGGGUGGCUCCCAUCUGGGCUGCGGCAGCCUCUGGGGCCCCACCCUGAGGAGUGACCCCAUGGGCCUGGACUCUGCGGCCGCGACUCUGGGGUGGCACAGGACAGGCCCCUGGGAGCGCGCCUCCCGUGCCGUCCUGUCCCGCUUUCUGUCAAAGCCGCGUGGCCCUUAUUGCCGCAUUUUGUGCUGUCCCCCGCUUGGGCUCACUCUUACCGCCCAGGACCGGGAAUUCCGAGUCUUCCCACCGCCCGUCAGGGGACAGCGGCCCCAGCCUUGCGGGCCAUCCCUGAUGCUCGCGGAGCUGUCCUCUGACGAGGACUGUCAGGGUGUCUCCCUGGCCCCUCCCGGGAGGGCUCACAGCAGCAGCCUGACAGGGACCAGUUCAUCACGACUAGGCCUGGCUCCGUCUCCAGCGAUUCUGAGUCACUUAGAGAGAUUUGCAGGCCUCCUGAAGCAUCACCUGGACUUUGCCUGCCAUGCGGAGGCUGCACCUGUGCCAUCCAGCAUGUGCUGGUUCCGGGCUCGGCAGAGCCCCGACUCCAGGCGGGCCUUGUUAGAGCCCCUGCAGUCCUGGGUGAAGGAGGGCUACUGGUUCGCCAAGGAGGUUUCUGAACCCAGCCCCAGAUGGACCAGGGACAAAACCCCUCACGUCUUGGGCGUCUGGACGGUGGUUUGA